CAACACGUCACCAUUUAUUACGCAAUAAAGCAUUUCCUAAACAUGAAUUACAAAAAUCAAAUAACUUUAUUGAAGCGUUCGAAAUCUCUGUGUUCAUUAAACGAGUACGGUGGAGUAAAAGACGCGUGUUUCGUCGACUAUCAACGGUAUAGCCGGUCAGUAAGCGAGUCGUCAGAGAACCCCGGCCAUGAUUACGAGUCAGAACCCGCGGAGAAACACAACGACGGGAUUAGCGAAGAAAUAGGGGUGUUGGAAAAGAAAAUUGAUAAAUUAAGCGAUUUGUUCCUGGAGCAAUGUCGACUAUUAACGGAGCUAAAAGAAGACAUUCACUAUUCCAAGAGCAUUAUUGAGAAGUCGGAGAGCGAGCAGAACGAUUUAAUAUCAGAGCUGCUCAAGAAAAUUGUUGCUGAAGUUGGAAGACAAGAGCCGGUGGCAGAACAGCGACGUGGGUUCAAUGAUCGCGCGCGCAGCCUUCUUGACGCCAUCGAGGCCAGACCGGCCUUCUGCCUUGAUCACGAAAUCAGGGAUGCCCUUAUCGACUUCCUUCAGAGUGACGAGCUGAAAAGCCACAUGGUGACUGCCACGAUGGAGUCGGUGAAAGACAUGAUCCGCGAAAACUUCAGCUACGAGGUGACAAGUGUUUAUCUGCCGCUGCUACGGCGCUCGCAGCGGAGACUGGCUCGCAGGGUCACUAGGGUUCUAGAGGAGGGAUUCUUAGAACUGGAAGCGAACACGGCAUCGUUCUCGAGCUCGGUGUAUCGCAUAUCGCGGUCGCUAAGGCGCGCGCUAGAGAGGCAUCAUUGGCUGUUAGAAGAGGCUGGACCUCGCUGCAGGAUGCGAUUCACUCAGCUACGAAGCAUUAUAGAAGGAGUGCUACAAAAAGAAGUGCAGCAGUGGCAAAGCGAAGCCCUGAGCACUGUUUGCGUGCCUGCCGUGCAGGACGUCCCGGAUUGGAUGGAAGUGGAAGAGCCCGCGCCGCAGUUCGAGUUCCCGCUCAGUCCCCCGCAACCCGCGGACCCUGAACGGUCCAUAAUAGAUCAAUUGAUGAAAACAGCAGAGAUUAAUAAGCAAAUCGAAGAUGGCGAUGUAAACGGAUCGUUCGAGCGCGCUUUGUCCGCCGGCGAUUUGUCGCUGGUGGUGGCGGCGUGUCGCGCAGCAGACCCGGCACAAGUCUUCACACCCUGUCGUCUGACACAGACUGUGCUUCUUUCACUUGCGCAGCAGCUUGCCACGGACAUGGUCCACGAGACACAACUCAAGUGCAGAUAUCUCGAAGAAACGUUAAUAAACUUGGACCCGGUACACCCAGCUACGUGUACCUAUCUGCCUCUCGUCGUUAGUGAGAUUCGAAAGCACCUUAACAACUUUCUCGCCAAGUUUCCAAGCCAUGUCGCUCGCCGCAGAAUCACACUGAUUGUGAUGGCGGCCAAUAAUCUUUUAAAAUAA